AUGAUUUGGUCGGUAAUGAUUGUAUACCUAUUAAUAUUUUAAUUAAAAUGAUACUUAUAGAAAUGUGAUAUUAUAGGCUACAAUUUCCUGCAAGUCAAAUAGUUAAGAAUGCUAUCCAAAGAAUAACAGGUAAAUAAAUAUGAUCUAAAAUGAAUUAGAAAGAAAGAAUGUGAUGUGAAGACUACAUUUCUGUUUAGAGAUAGGAUUAUAAAUAAAGAUUAACUAUCGAGACUUACAAUAUGCUGGUUUAUGGAGUAAAGAGAGAUGUUGCAAUGUAAAGAUAAGUUGAUGAAGCAAUUAAGAAUUUGGAUUUAUUUAAAAGGUUAAUCUAGGGUAACAAAAAUGUUACUUGUUGAUUGAGAGAUUAUUCUCCAAUUGAGUUUAUGCUUAAACAGGUAUUUUAGAAAAUGAAGAGAUGGAAUAUGAAAAUGUGUUUAGGAAUGUAAAGAGAUGAAUUGCAUAAAAUAAUUGCUCCAGUUGAGAAAACAAAAAGUGAGAAAAAAAUGAAAAAGAAUUGGUGUUUCUUGACCAGUUACAAGGAAAUUCCAUCUAGAAAAAUGUUUAAAAUAUGAUAUGGAAACUUCAUAUUAUUUGAGACUCCCUUAUUUGGCUGACAGAUUGGGACAUCCAGAAUUUUUUGCUAAUUCUUUUUAAAGAUUAUUUAGAUUAGAAAGUGAUAUGUAUCAUCCUAUCUAUAAUGAUCAACCAUUUGUAUAACAUCAAUCUGCUGAUCCUGAUCCUACAUUAAACUUUGAAGAAGGAAAAGUAAUCUAGGAAAACAUAAGAUUACAAGAAUGACUUAAGGUUGUCUGGUGGUGCUUGGGUUUGUUGUGUGUUGCCUUAUAAAAUAAUAUACAAAAUCAAUUUAAUAUUCGGCCAUUAAAUUGAUGUUUCAUUUUAUCCUUAUUAUACAAUAUGAGAAUAAAUGUUCUGGCAGCUACUACUGCCUCUGCUUAUUUAUGGUAUUUCCAUCAUAUGUUUGGCAAAAACUAUGUUACUAAAGUUUAAUAUAGCAAAGAAUUGGAUCAUUCGAAAAAGAAAAAGCAUUUUGA